AUGUUCAAUCCAUCAUUAAAGUUCCAAGUACUCCAAGAUGAAAGAAAUAGAAAAAGAUGUCUGCUAUUCCGUGCUACGGAUUUUGCAUCGUUGAUGUAUCCCUGCUUCACUGUUUGCCGCAUUCUGGGAAUAUUUUCAUACAAGUUCAACGCUGCGAACAUCAAGACUUACAAACCAAGCUAUAUUCUAUCGACCAUCACUUGUUUUAAGCAAAUCAACGACAAUCUAGUGAAUUUGCGAGAAGUUUUGACAAAUGGUGAGCCAUAUCUUCUGAAUGGUGCCUCUCGUAAUCAAAGAAAUCCUUUCCUACUGAUGAAGAUCACAGCUCUGAAGAAGCAGCAUCUAUCAAUCAGUGACAGUGUACGGAUGCUAAAAAUGGUCUACAGUUUGCAACUUGUUUCUACGAUACUUAUGGCUUUCACUCAUAUCACCUUCAAUAUGUACUUUUACUUCUUAGCGCUAGUACAAAAGAGUGUGCCCCUGACCAGUGUAGAAAAACAAGUGCUUUACGAGUACUUUAUUACAUUUAUAAUGUAUUACAUUAUUAAAAUAGCGUUGAUGGUAUGGGCAUGCGAAACUGGCAAGAAUCAAGCAAGAGAGAUCACCACCACCAUUUACAACGUGGUCAACAGUACCAACAAUAAGCAAAUAAAAUACGAGUUGGAGCUUUUUUACUUGCAAUUAUUACAUUGUGAAAAUGUAUUUUCCGCAAAGUGGAUUACUAUAGACGCUAAGCUUCUAACUGCGAUAAUAGGUAGCAUUACCACGUAUCUAUUAAUCUUAUUACAAUUCCUGUUUACACCACAUUCUUGCAGUGGAAAAUCUACCUAG